UAAAAAGUUUGUUAGUUCUUGAUACACAGUUGGAAGAAACCGAAACAGAAUCCCAAAGUAGAAGAAACCUUUGUUUAUUGAAAAAUAUGGCGACCCUAGAUUCCGACGUCCCUAUGGUUCCCGCCGGCGAGUCCUCCUGCUGCUCUCACGGUGCCUCUUCCUCCAAGAAGCCUAAGCGCUUCGAGAUCAAGAAGUGGAAUGCCGUUUCUCUCUGGGCUUGGGAUAUUGUUGUUGAUAACUGCGCUAUCUGCAGGAAUCAUAUCAUGGAUCUCUGCAUUGAGUGUCAGGCAAAUCAAGCUAGCGCAACUAGUGAAGAAUGCACAGUUGCUUGGGGGGUUUGUAACCAUGCAUUUCAUUUCCAUUGCAUUAGCCGAUGGCUCAAGACCCGUCAAGUUUGCCCUCUAGAUAACAGUGAGUGGGAGUUUCAGAAAUAUGGUCACUAAUUUUGAUGCUGCGAGCUACGGCCUACUUGGACAUUUGGACUGUCUAUCUUUUGUCUUGGAACAUUUGUAGCUCUAUGUACUGUCCUUUACUUGUCUACUUUAGUUAACAGUAUUUUAAGAAAGUCACUCAUGAAAUGCAUUGUAACAUCGUUACAUCUCUCCUGGGAAAUGAAAUCAUACUCUUUCAACUUAUGAUGAAACGAAAUCAUACUCUUUCAACUUACACAAAAAAGGAGAUUUGUGUUUGGCUCGUUUGAUUCCUUCGCUUGAGAGGAAAAUGAGCUGUUUAUUAUUGAAAUAUGUACAUUGAUUAUAUGUAUAAAAGACUAUAAAAUUGGUUGAGUUUUAGA